AUGAAAUUUACACACGAUAAUUGCAGUAAUGACUUCGACGAUAACGAUUCGACUGAUGGAGGUUCGGCUGAUGCUGAUUUGACUGCUGAAGAUUCGACCGAUGAAGAUUCGACUGAUGAAGAUUCGACUGAUGAAGAUUCGACUGAGGAUGAUUCGACUAAUGGAGAUUUGACUAAUGUCAUUCGACGUCAUAAAAUUACACAAGUGAUUCCAUUGGUAUUCAAUCAGAAACAUCUCUUUAAAGAGAGUUUCCUUUCUAAAUCGACAUGUCUAUCAUUUCUUUGUGCAUUACUACCGUAUCAAUUUUCCAUCUUGAAUUUUGAUAUACAAUUGUCAUCCUGA